CGACACUGACCUAAAUUCUGACUCAAGCUGAAGGAGCCUGUGUGUGAGGCCCACAUGGCCACCGCGGGCGGCACCAGGAAGACACCUCCAGUGUUUCAACGGAGUACCGUCCUCCAGGAGCCCCUCACACACAGUCUGAUGACCGGCACAGGCGGCUGCUAUAAAUGCUUGGGAACCGGCUCUCCGUAGCUCUCGAAAAUCACGCUCCUGUUGCAGUAGCCACCGGACCGUUUCCAGAUGGCCACCUCGGGCAGCUGCUGCUGCCGCUUGCUCAGAAAGGAAGAAGCAGUCUUUUCCCUGCAGCCACUGGCACAUCUCAAUAUUGCCGCCCUCGGCUGCUGCGUUGGAGACCUUCCAGGAGAGCUCGCAGCUCGCUGCCUUGACGGCGACCUGCAGGUUGGCCAGGCUGCCGCUGCGGGCCGUCAGGACUACGAGCUCUCGGCGCUUACUUCGUGUGAGGUUGUGAACUGCCUCCGGGAGGCUCCAGUGCCUGUUGAACGCGUGAUGGGGUACGGGCUGCGACAGCCGGAUAGCUACUUUUUCCCGAAACUGGCUCGCCAUGGCCUUAUUGAUUUCCUUGACGGUACAUACCACCUCGUUUGGAUCCAGGAAGCUAACAACACGCUCGACAAGGUCCGCCGUUAAAUUAUCCCAACUGUGACCUUUCUCAGGAUUCAUGUUUUCAAUCUAAAAAGGAAAAAGACAAGU